GAAGAGAGAGAGAGAGAGAGAGAGAAACGAUUAAAGAAAGAUGUAUCUGAAGAAGGCACUGUGGAGUGAGGGUCUAAAUUUGGAAUCUCAAUCUCAGUCUCAGUCUUCAUCAUCUUCUACACCGGCCGUUGCAGACUUGGUGAAUUCGCUUCACAAACGGCGGCUCUACAGGGAGGUCACCCUCGCCCUCCGCACCGGUUUGAGAGACGCCAGAGCCGAGUUCUCGUUCCUCCGAGUCCGUGGCCUUCGUAGCAUUCUCAAGUUCCUCCGAUCGGUCGCCGAGUCAGAUUCUAUGAUUCGCCUCUUCUGCCACGGCCAAUCUCUCCCCGAACUCCAAGUGGUUCCUGUUCUGUUUGAGAAUUCGUUUAAGCAAUCGAAGGAGGAACAAGCACCAACUUUAGAUCAUAUAUUCAGUGUGGAGCCCAUGAAGAUUACUAGUCCUUCCACUGACACUGAAAUUGCACUUGCACUUAGAGUUCUGGAAGGAUGUUGUCUACUCCACAGGGAAAGCACAGCUUUGGCCCAUCAACACAAAGCAAUCAAGGUGUUGAUGAAUAUAUUAUCGACUCGAGGGCCCCUUGUCCAAGGUGCAUGCUUGGAUGCUUUAGUCUCUGUCAUGCUGGAUUCAUCAACUAAUCAAACGGAUUUUGAGGCAUGCAAUGGAUUUGAGAAAAUUACAGAGCUUAUUAAAGACAAAUUAGUAGAAGAAAGCAUAAGAAUAAGAUGUGGGGAGUUCCUGCUGCUACUUAUUGGACAUGUAAAUGGUAGGGAAAGGCCUCCCAUGGCGACUAUACAUGAAGACAUGAAGCGACUUAUGGGUGAGAGGUCAGCAUCACUGAUAUGGGCAGCAAGCCAGUUUGGAUCGACCCUUGACCCAGAGCAGAGGCAGAUGGCUCUACACAUCCAAGCUCGUAGGGUGCUUGAGUCAUUGGAUCUGUACUGAAUCAACUAAUUGGGAACUGACUGAGAUGCCAACAGAUCUUCGACAGUCCACUUCAGUCAUCAUUUUCUCACAUCAAUAUCCAAUUAGAAGUUUGAAGGAAAGUCAGGUUGCUAGUGCUAGGAGUGGGACAAUUGGCUAUUUGUUUAUUUGUUUGUUUCCAUUGAUAGCCACAACCUAGGAAGGAGGAUUAAGAGAUGAGCAGUUGUGAAAUCUGUACACAUGAUAUAAGUUGUAUAUGAAGCAUGUCUCAGUAAAAAUGUGUUUUUCAGAGAUUUCUGGGAAAGCUGCAUACAAUAUACAGUUGUAUGUGAUACUUGCUAUGAAUACCAAGCUAUAAUGUUCCACUUA